AAAGGUUAAUGUCAAUCCAUAGCUGCCAGUGUUCUACAAGUUCAUGAGAAAGAACGAUCGCUGCCAUGGUUCCCGGCGAAGUUGAAAAUUAUUUGGAAUCAAAUUUUAAGGGAAAACCUCUCACCAAUUUGUGGAGCGAAUUCCGUGUUGAAGGGUCUAUUAUAUAGCUUCAAAAGAACAAUCUUGGUCGUUGAAUUUAAGUGGGCCAUGCUUGAGUGGUGAUAGCAAUCAUCAGGUUCUCCGUUCACACCAUUUUGACUAUAUAUUUAGAACCGUGAGAGAAAAAAAUGAAAUACCUUGGUAAGAAGAAGAAGAAGAAAAAUGGCAAAUUUUGUUCUGCGAGUUCCAAAUACCGUAAGGAGUUUCGCCAUGUUUGCUUCGUCCAACCCCAACGGUGCUCCACCUGGUGGCUCUGGAAGCAGUAGUGGUGGGGGUGGAGGUCCUGUGAUAUUGGAAAUUCCUAUAGAUAAGAUUAGAAGGCCUUUGAUGAGGACCAGAGCAAAUGAUCCAAACAAAGUAAAGGAAUUAAUGGAUAGUAUCAAGGAAAUUGGUCUCCAAGUACCUAUGGCCCUUUAUGAUGAUUACUCACUUUGUUUAAGAGAACUUUCACCAGAUCAUGACUUCUACAAGAAAAUAAAAAUAUCAUUUCGACAACGAUUUGUGAUGCAGAUUGAUGUCCUGGAGGUUGAUGGAGUCUAUUACGGUUUCUCUGGUUGUCAUCGCUAUGAGGCUCACCAACGCCUUGGACUCCCCACCAUCCGUUGCAAAAUACGCCGUGGUACAAAAGAGACUCUAAGGCACCAUCUGCGCUAAGCUGUGAUCAUCUUAUUGUUCAAAGUUGGUAUAUGACGAUUAGCAAUGACAGGACACAACACAGAAGUGUUAUUUUUCUCAUAGCAUUGUGAUUCCUGCGGACAUUGCAAAUGAUAUAUGUGAUUUCUCUUACUGUGUUAUGCUGCAUCUGUUAUUGCUUCCUCAAGUUCUUUGUAGAAAGCACUAUUCUUCUGGUCACAUUUUGGUUUCGUCCAUCCAGAAAAGGAUAACAAAGUUAGGAACAAUAAACAACAUCAAGCGUUAUUAUCU